UCCAUUUUGAUGCUGAGCGACCCCACAUUUGACAAGUGGGCGCCCCUUCAAGCUUCAGAGUCCUUUUGCUGCAUUCCUGUUUGAUUUUAAACACUUCCUUACUUUCUGGCACAGAAGGAUGUUCUGGACUCAUUUUCCUGCCUCAGCCUUCAAAUCGUUACGUUUCCUGGUUUCUUUCAGUGAGAGAAGAUAGUCUCCAACUUAACAAUGGUUCAACUUAAGAUUUUUCAACCCUACAAUGAGUUUUUCGGGAUAUACCUCCAUAAUAAGUCAAGGAAAAUCUGUAUAUCCCAGUGAAGAUGUAUGCAAUACUAUAUUCAAAAGUUACUUGGAUUCUUUUUCUUUCUAACUGCUCUUCUUAAACAAGGUUUCAUCAGUUGUGGUUCCCAACGAGUUUAUGGCAUUGUACAUGAGAAUGUAACUUUCAGCGUAGCAAGCACUGUGCCUUUAAACGAGAUCCUAUGGAAAAAACAGAAGGAUAAAGUUGCAGAAUGGGAAAAUUCUGAACUCAGAGCUUUCUCACCUUUCACAAAUAGGAUUAAUUUAGACCUUGUGUCGGGUGACCUCACUAUCUUCAACUUAACAUCAUCAGAUGAAGACAAGUAUGAAAUGGAAUCGCCAAAUAUUACCGGCACCAAGACGUUCUCUCUUUAUGUGCUUGAGCCUCUUCCGUCUCCUAGAGCAACUUGUGCAUUGACUAAUGGAAGCAUUGAAGUCCUUUGCAAGAUAUCAGAGCAUUAUAACAGCCAUCCAGAACUUACAGUGUACUCAUGGGAUUGUCCUAUGGAGCAGUGCAAACAUAACUCAACCAAAGUAUAUUUUAAGCUGGAAGAUGAUCUUCCACAGACAAUACAGUGUACUGCUAGCAAUCCAUUAGUUAAUAAAACAUCAUCGAUCGUUUUGGAAACCUGUGUCCCAAACAGUGGUCAUUCAAGGAACAGAUAUAUGUUUAUACUAUCACUAUUAGGAGCAAUUAUAAUUACAACAUGUACUAUGCUGUAUAUGAGAGGUAUUUUGAAAUGUGGCAGACAGACAGACAGAAACAGCUCCAGUUGAUUGGUAACAGAAGAUGAAGCCAAUGGCAUAAUAACUGAAUUAUUUUAAAAGCUAAAAAGCCAUCGGAUUUUUCACUUGACUAUUACAAUGUUCGAAGAACUCUUGAAGCGGCUGUUUUUUUUAAAGAAGAAAUACCCACUAACGAAGAACAAGCAUUAGUGUGACUCUCAUCAGCGUAUUAUAUGACUUGGUGCUCGCUUUUUUAUCAAAAGAUGGUUUUUACUGCUAACAUAGAAACUUUUGUAAAUAAAUGUAAAUAUGU